AUUACGUAACCGUGACUCAUUUAUAGUGACAGCACUGAAAAUAAUUAACUCUUGAAGUUGAACUUUAUAUUUAACACUACAGAGAUAAGACGUUAUUAGCUUGCUUAGCUUUCUAAAGGAACGAGUUUCAGCUUUCUGUGAAUCAGCCAUCAAACUUUUCCUCAGGAUGAACGAAAGAAUGAACGAAGCAGAAAACUCUUCCAGAUGUGGAUGGUGCUCUAGGUGUUUUAGUUUUUUACCAGUGGACUAUACGAGAGAGUUUGUAAGCAUGUGUACAUUAGCUUUUCCCGUGUUUCUCGCCAUUCUUUUCGAUUACUUAAUCCUUUUUACAAGCUCUGUGUUUUGUGGACACCUGGGAAAGUUAGAGCUUGAUGGUGUUACUCUUGCCGUAGCUGUUAUCAAUGUUUUAGGUGUUGGCAUUGGCUUUGGCUUGUCUGCAGCAUGUGAUACACUUAUUUCUCAGACUUAUGGAGCUGGGAACUUGCAACAAGUUGGUGUUAUAACUCAGAAGGCAAUUAUAAUCCUUCUACUUACAUGUUUGCCAUGCUGUGCCAUUCUCAUCAAUACAGAGUCAAUAUUACUUCUUGCGGGUCAAAGCCCGGAGGUUGCCAGAGUAUCACAACUCUAUGUGAACGUUUUUUUGCCUGGUCUUCCGGCUGUAUAUAUGUUCAUUGUUCAAGUGAAGUAUCUACAGAAUCAGGGAAUAUUUUGGCCCUUGGUCAUAACUGGAGUAGUAGCGAAUAUCUUGAAUGCUUUAAUAAACUACAUCCUCCUCUUUGUCCUGAACAUGGGUGUUGAAGGCUCAGCAGCAGCAAAUACAAUCUCACAGUACAGUUUGGCGACCAUAUUGUUCAUCUACAUCCGAUGGAAAGGUCUUUAUAAGGAGACUUGGAAAGGUUGGUCGAUGGACUGCUUGCAGGAAUGGGACUCGUUCAUUUAUUUGGCCAUUCCCAGUAUGCUCAUGAUGUGUGGAGAGUGGUGGACCUAUGAGAUUGGAGGCCUGCUGGCAGGUCUGAUAAGCGAAGUGGAGCUUGGAGCACAGUCAGUAAUGUAUGGACUGGCGAAUAUUGCAUAUAUGUUCCCUAUAGGCUUCAGUAUAGCUGGCAGUGUUAGAGUGGGCAAUGCCAUGGGUGCAGGAGAUGUGGCUCAAGCCAAACUCUCUGCUAAAGUCUCUAUAAUGUGUGCAGUCUCUGUUGCAGUGGUAUUGGCAACUGUAAUUGGUUGUUCAAAGAAUGUAAUUGCUCGUAUUUUCACUAAUGACAAAGACAUCAUCCAGAGGGUUGCCACAGUAAUGGUUUUAUACACUCCUUUCCACAUUUUUGAUGCCACAACGGCAGCAGGUAGCAGUAUAGUGAAAGGUCUGGGCAAGCAGAAGCUUGGCGCCAUAUGCAACCUACUGGGAUAUUAUGGAAUUGGAUGUCCUAUUGGAAUACCCUUGAUGUUUGCUGCUAAAAUGGGCAUUUUUGGUCUGUGGAUUGGCCUGUUAGUUUCCGUCUUCCUUCAGUCAAUAUUCUUCAUCGUCCUUCUUGUCAAGCUGAACUGGAAGAAAGCUUCGGAAGAGGCGCAGAUCAGGGCCGGUGUGGCGAUCAGAAGGACGGAUGGCGCCUCGCAGGAGGAUGGUGAAAAUGAAGGCUGUGAUGUGAAUGAUGCUACAGAUGUGGAUGUGCUGGUGGUGGAUGAGGAAGAGAUCGUGGCUACAGUGAAAGUGCAGCUGCCUUUGAGUGUUUUAGUGCUGCGCCGCGGCCUUGCUCUGGCAGCAAUGCUGGCGCUACUUGCUGCGGGACUCGCCGUCAAGUACAGUCUUAAAAGAUGAUGAUAGUUUAAAGAUGUGAUUACAGCUGACAAAAAGUU